GGUGACUUUUUUAAUUUUUUUUAUUCAAACCUGACUCAACCCUCCCCCGCUCGUUUCUCACGGCAAGGCCAAAAAGGGCUAAUUCCGAUCGCCGUAAGACCAGAUGGAGGUAUUUGACAUAAAAUAAACACCUCAAGUUAACCAUUGCUAGGGUCUGAUAAAGAUCAAUGAACCAAAAAAAAAAACAAUUGACCCAGUAAAAGUUUGCAUGAGAUACGAAAUAAAGAAACAAUUUUUACACAAAUGUCCCAUUUUCCUUAUACAAUCAAACAAGAUAGAGAUUACGGUUGUGGGUUUCAAACUUUACCGCUGACAAUCUUGCUAAAGAGUACAAUUAUGUCGCUAUUGUUCUUGUUUCAUACUGCUUUCUUAAUUUUCUGUAUAGGUUUUCAAGUCGGCAAAGCUCGCAAGAAGUAAGUUCAUUUUUCAAUUUUUAUUUUUCUUUUGCUUCUUCAAUUUUUAUUAAAUUAAUUAAAUGGUCAUUUUAUUUUUGUUUAAAUCUUUUAUGAGGCAUGUAUAAAGUGCCCUACCCAACUCUUUAUGCCUCAUAAUCUAAUAACAAAGAGGCUAAUCUCUUCAAAUUGUAUUAAGAGGGGACCGGAACUCUGUGAAAUGGAUGCCUGUUUUUCAUGUCAAUGAUAUUGGGAGGAAUGAAGAAUCCUUGUGGUGUGCUCUAUCCAUGACUCUCUGUAUAUAGUCACUCAUUUUUUCUACUUCCAUGGGUACGCCACCAGUAAUCCUCAGAAUCGCCUCUCUGACAAUAUGGAUUCUUGACUAUGUUUGGACUUAUGGUUUGCACAAUCUCAUUUGGGAAUACUCGUGUGCUUUCCUAAACUCAUCUUAUUAAUCAUCAUCUAUUUUUGUGUUUUUUUUUCCUUUGUUUUAUAUCUCAAUGUCAGCAAUAAGAAACCCCAAGAUCGUGGCCCCUGACCCAUCUCCGGUGAUCGUGCCAAUGAAACACUUCAUUAGAGUCAAAGCUUCUUGGCUUCGCUCCGGCCACGUCGACUCCCAACGGGCCAAACGAGUUUCAGAAAAUGUUCCUCUCGUAGUGAUCUUCCAGAUUCCGUCGCCAGAUUCUCAAUGCACUGCCAUUGCCCAGCGCCGGCCGCCGUCCACCGUGGAGUCUAGUGAGCUUGGGCAGCUGCUGUGGUGUAAUAAAAAUGAGCAUAAUCCGGUGUUUCUCACCUAAAAUUAAAAAUAUGCAUAUGCUGACGUGGUGCAUUUCAGCUAUGGAGUGUCAAAAAAAUCUGCAGGGUGAUCUUGAGUCUAUGAGGGUUUUCUACAGAAGUGGAGCAACUAAGGAAAUAUCUUGGAGAAAGUCACAGCUGAAAGGAUUGCUUACUUUUCUUGAGGAAAAUGAGGCUGAUAUUAUGAAUGCUCUUAAACAAGACUUGGGAAAGCAUUAUAAUGAGGCUUUCAGAGAUGAGGUUGGAACAUUGAUAAAGUCUCUAAACUUGGCUUUGAAGUCUUUGAAAACAUGGAUGUCACCAAAAAAGGCUAGACUACCUGCAAUUGCAUUACUGACCACUGCAGAAUUGGUUCCUGAGCCUCUUGGUCUGGUUCUCAUAUUCUCUUCAUGGAAUUUUCCAUUUGGACUGUCCUUGGAACCUCUCAUAGGAGCACUAGCUGCUGGAAACACAGCUGUUCUGAAACCUUCAGAAUUGUCCCCUACUUGCUCUUUUAUUCUAGCAAAUACCAUGCCCAGCUACCUCGACGGUAAAGCUGUCAAAGUUAUCCAAGGCGGCUCAGAUGUUGGAGAACAGCUCUUGCAACAUCGAUGGGACAAAAUAUUCUUUACUGGUAGUCCUCGAGUGGCACAGAUAGUCAUGUCUGCAGCUGCUAAGUUUUUAACACCAAUUGUGCUGGAGCUGGGUGGAAAAUGCCCUGCUGUUUUUGAUUCCUUGUCAUAUUCUUGGGACAGAGAGGCGGCUGUAAGACGAAUCCUUGUGGGGAAAUUUGGGACUUGUGCUGGACAAGCUUGCAUAACAAUUGAUCAUGUUCUUGUGGAAAAGAAUUUCCUGCCCAUAUUGGUGGACUUACUGAAGACCAACACUAGGAAAAUGUUUGGAGAAAACCCCCAACUGUCAAACUCCAUGGCCAGGAUAGUAAACAAGCAUAAUUUCUUGAGAUUGAAAAAUCUUUUGGAUGAUCCUGCUGUUAAGUCUUCAAUUGUUUAUGGUGGCAAAAUUGAUGAGGAAAACUUGUUCAUCGAGCCAACGAUCUUGGUAGACCCUCCGUUUGAGUCUGAAAUCAUGACAGAAGAGAUCUUUGGACCAUUGCUUCCAAUCAUCACGUUGGAGAAGAUUGAAGAUAGCAUAGAAUUCAUAAAGCUAAGGCCUAAACCACUUGCUAUAUAUGCCUUCACCAAGAGCAAAACACUAGAGAGAAGAAUCAUAUCAGAGACAUCUUCAGGGAGUGUGACAAUGAAUGAUGCCAUAAUUCAAUACGCUGCAGAUGCAGUCCCUUUUGGAGGGGUUGGAGAAAGUGGGAUUGGAAGGUACCAUGGAAAGUUUUCCUUUGAUACAUUCAGCCAUGAAAAAACAGUGGUAAGAAGAAGCUUCUUCACUGAUUUUUGGUUCAGAUAUCCUCCAUGGAAUGACCACCAGCUUCAACUCUUUCGUGUUGCUUACAACUAUGAUUACUUGGGUAUUGCCCUUGUCAUGCUUGGCUUGAAGAGAGCCAAAAAGAAUUCAUACUCUAUCUAAAUAUAUAAAAAUAAAUUUGGAUACAUUAUGUACAAGUAUAUUGUUUUCAUAUCUAAGUUGUAUUCUUUGUGCUUUUCUUCUAAUUAUAUAUUGAGUCAGAUAAAUGCCAAUAUUAUAAGUAAGGAGUGGAUGAGAUGAGUGUAUUAGUUUGUAAUAGUGGGAGCUGCCAUAUUUUGAUGCUUUACUAAAAGGCCAAAUUAAAUUGUUCAUAUAAAAUUCUAGCUUUUUAUUUUUAAAA